GAAGAUAGCCAUUGAUCAAAGUUUAGUGGUGAGUGAAGGUGGCGAGUAGUGUGAUGGUUGAGCAUGGAGCACACCAACGGGGGCGGCCACCACCUCCAUUACGCCCACAUACUCUCACAACAGUUCAACCAACUCAAUCUCUCAUCCACAGGCCAACAGUUGGAUCCUCAGGAACGAAAUUAUGGAGAAAGGAGCAGCGGCCAUGGCCAAAGUCUGCAAAGCUACUCACCACAGCAGCUACAAGAACCCUUGCAAAAUAGGCAGCAACAGCUGCAACAGCAACAGCAGCAACAACAGCAGCAGCAACAACAGCAACAACAGCAGCAGCAGCAGCAGCCACACCAACAACAGCAGCAACAGUUCUUUCAUCAACACCAGGAACAGCUAAGCUAUGGAUCAUCAGCUAUGGCCCCUAAGACCCAGUCUCUCUUAGGGACAGCCCACAUCUCUUCUGCUCAUCACCAAUACUCCCCCACUAAUCUUGGUCGUCUAGGCUUACAGUCCUCACAUAUAACGCCCGAAAUAUCACAAACUUCCUCUCCCAUGCAAUCUAUGUUGGGGACUGCUCAUCUUGCCUCUUCAUCUGUCACUUCCAGACCAAGUGAAGGUAACAUAACUGCUGUUGUUUCACAGUCUUCGGUGCAGCCACGACUGGGAGGGGCACAGCUGGCACCCAGCUUACAAGGAUCAUUGAAUCUUCAGGAGCAGCCUUCAUCUUUGUCUUUCACGCCUUCGCUGCCCAUGCAGGAACGCAUGAGCUCAUCUCAGCUGGGGUUGAGCUGGAAUACUACUGCCGGUCAGUCUUCAGGGUAUUCGCUACAAAUGCACACAACCUCGCAGCCAAUGAACCAAGAUGGGAACCUUGGCAUGCUGGCAGGAAACCAGUGUGGUUCGCAAUUUGUCACUGGACGGAUGUCUGCAGGAAUUCAUAUGCAGGAGAGCUUACACUAUCAAAGUCAAAUGCAACUUAAUAGCAUGGAAUAUCCAGUUGCUCAGCAACAUUACAGCAGCUACAAUCAGGCUCAGGAAUUUUCUCAAAACCCAAAUAAUUUUCAGUUUAAUGUCAAUUACAUUGAGAGCUGUGAUCCGAACUUAUAUGAUGACUAUUAUUAUGGAGACUACCAGUACAGCGACAGCUACAGUGGGUCAAUGGAGAAUCUGGAUCAAAGUUAUCUAGGAAUACCAGCUGGACAAGCAACAACACCUUAUGGAGAUGAAACGGUGGAGGACCUCGGGCCAGAAGAGGUUCGAUGGUUCUAUAAAGUGGAAGCAGAUAAAAAGUGGACUCCAUUUAUUGGUUACGAUUCUCUUCGUAUAGAGUGGAAAUUCAGAGACUUGCUCCAAGAUACUACAUCAGGAGGGUCUGAAAAUUCAACAUAUGGAAGUGUGGCAGGUAGUAGUUUGUCUCCAAAGGAAAUUCAGGAUGGGAAGUCUCGAGUCACGGAAAGAAUUGUUGUUCGUGGAGGACUCUAUGAGGUUGAUGUGAAACAACGCAAGUGCGAAAGUAUUUACUGGCAAGGUGAGGUUUUUAUAAUAAGUCGUGGAACGUGGUUUUAUGAUGGCACCUGGGGACCUGUGGAGGAGCAACUUGCUGACAGGAUUGAGCUAGAGCAUCUAACACACUUCAGAGGUCACCUUUUGUCUUCUCAGAGGGUGGAUGACUCGACUAAAGAAGUAUUGCACUGCUUGUCACUUCCUGAGGGUGAAGUAGAUUGGUUUAGUGCUUCACAGGUUUACCUCACAUCAGAUGCUACACCUUCACGACUCAUGCGCUCCGUCGGCAAGAAGUUAGGCUUCCAGAAGACUGGCUACAAGCUAAACAGAGGCUACAGCAUUGAUGCUACAUCGAGUGAUAAGCCGCCUGAUAUCAACCACAUUGUGUUUGUCAUCCAUGGCAUUGGACAGAAGAUGGAGCGUGGACGCAUCAUCAAAAACACGACUGCCCUGAGGGAGAAUAUUAGUUUUCUCAAGCAAAAGUAUUUCCCUAACAUCGUCAAAACGAGCAACACAGUGGAAUUUUUUCCUGUGGAGUGGCGGUCAUCAUUGGUCUUAGAUGCUGGUAUUAUUGACUCCAUCACACCCCAAAAAAUUCUAAACAUACGGCAAAUGCUGAAUGCAUCCUUUAUGGACAUAAUGUACUACAACAGCCCAUUGUAUAGAGAGGAGAUCAUUACUGGGUUGACAGGAGAGAUGAACCGUUUAUAUACAAUGUUUACUCAGCGAAAUCCUUAUUUUGAGGCUAAUGGAGGCAAAGUGUCAAUGGUUGCUCACUCAUUGGGCUGUGUCAUCACAUACGACAUAGUAACUGGUUGGAAUCCUGCUCAGGAGUUUGAUCGGCAGCUUGUGCAGUCUUUGAUUGAAAAUAUGAAUAAAAGUAGUGAGCUGCAGAAUGUUUCACAAAUAAUGCUUAAAAGCUUACAAGAGCUUCUCAAGCAACAUGAAUCUAAAAGUUGUCAGCCUUCCUUAAACUUCAAGAUUGAAAAUUUCUUCUGUCUGGGUUCCCCACUGGCAGUGUUCCUGGCCCUCCGCACUAAGCCUUCUCAGGAUGCAGUCCCAGACAUUAUUCCUCAGAAACUAUGUAAGCGUCUCCUUAACAUCUUUCACCCGGCUGAUCCAGUGGCAUAUAGGAUUGAGCCUCUGCUGUGCCCAGAAUACUCUAAUAUUGCUCCAGUCCUGAUCCAUUCUUACAGUGCUACUGAUAAGAUACCUUAUAAUGAGAUGCCGCUUGAACCAAUCAUUGUUUCCCGAGAAAAAGAUUAUAAAGACGGCUUGGAAAAAUCAAGGGCAGACUCUGGGGGCAACACUCCUGUCUCAUCUGUCCCCAGCACACCUGUAAAAGGGGGAACGAGUUCAUGGAGUUUAUGGGGGUUAAUGAAAGGGAGCAAGAAGCUUACUGAUACUGGUUCCAGCACUCAGGAUCUUAUCCCUUCUCUCCAGGAUGUAAGAAGUUUGUCGGACCGCACAGAUUUUGUGCUGCGUGAAGGUAGUAUGGAGAAUAGUUACAUCUCAGCCAUCACUUCUCACACAUCGUACUGGACCAACUACGAUGUAUCACACUUUCUCCUCAGCAUCCUCUACCCUGAUAUGCAGCCCACUUCUAGUAAAUUGGAGGGUAUAAAGUCCUAAUUUUACUCCUUUUUUUUUCUUUAUAAUGUAAUGGUAUACUUCUGUAAACACAGUAGUUAUACCUCACCAUUUCUUUACCAAGAAAUUUUAAAUAUUAAAAAAGGGUAUUGACCUGUUACUCCAUAUUGAUAUGAUGGAAGUUCUGAUGGGGACAAGUUUCAUAUUGGUAAAAGCAUAUACAUAUAUAAUAAUCCUCAUGAAAUUUAAGUAGUCACGAAUGAAGCAGUAACACUGCUCAUUUAAGAUGUUCCAGGGAUUAAAAGAUAAAUAAUUUGUAGUCUCUGCCAUGUCUUGGCACUGUACUGCUCAUAUUACUGUUGGUACUUUAUUAUAAUUAGGGCUGAGGGGACAUUAUAUGAUGCAAAAUUUAGUCUAUGCAUUUGUGUUCUCAACUCAGUGGCCCAUUAAUGUGGAAGGAAAGAAUUUGACAGUCGUUCAAUAAAAUGAACAAAUAAUUUAUAUUGUUCUUACAAGCAUUCCCAUAUGGUAUCAAGUUAUGAUGUUGAUAAUGGAUAUGAAGUGUGUAAAAAUUAAUUUUUUUUUUAAAUUUUAGCAUAGUAUACUUAUGUAUUUAGCUCAAUCUUUAUAUUAUGCAGUGUUUAUUUAAGUAAUUUAUUUUUACUGAUCAGUGCUGAUCGGUAAUGAUAAGGCCUGACUUCUAUUCAUAUUAUUUACUCAAUUUGUAAUUAUUUGAACUCUUGUUUAAAAAUGUUUCUUCAGAUAAUUAUAAUAUAUUCAUUGAAGAACUGCACAAAGUCAUGGAAGUAAAUUUGAGUGAUUGUUGAUACACAAGACUUUUCAUCUUAGGCUGGUGAUAGGCUAGCAGUAGGUGAGCUCCAUUAAGGGGUCUUGGUAUAGAUGUUGAUAUUUUUCAUUUCUUCCAUGAGAGGGUAGUAUAAUUGAGGUCUUCAUUAGCAAAGAUAAAAGAGGAAAGCAUUGUGGACUACAGUAAGAUAUUAAAAAUUAAAAAAAAAAAAAUCAUCAGUUAUUGAAUUUAAGCCAAGGGUUAAUUUAAACGGCAGUAGUAACACAUUUUACAGCCCAUAGCAUUUGACAUAAGCCAGGCUGGGCAGCAUCAGCAUGUUGCUGUUCACUGUGAUAUGUGCAUAGCUGGUGUGUAAUUAUCUUGUCAAGUCCUUAUCUUUGCUAAUCAAUUGUCAAGUGAGUUCCACUUUAGAAGUGUGAUGUGAUAUUGAUAAAAACUUGUAAGAAAUGCGUUUAAAUUUUUCAUUACCAGUGCAGAUUAAAUGCAUGUGAUAAAUUAUUCAUCAUUAUUGUUGUUUCACGUCAUUUAAUGAUCAUAGAGGAUUAUUAUUCUUGAGUAAGUUUCUGCAUUUAUAGUAGGUUUAGUAAUGAAAUGCAGUAGUUUUAAGAAGUUAGCUAUUUACUCUUUAUUUAGUCAUGUUUUAUAGCAAAUUUGUUACCUAUAUACGGUAUUUUUUGUUUGGAGUAUUUAUAUUGUACUUUCAGUUGUUUAUUAAAUAUUUAUUGUACCUGAAGCAAAGGAUAAAGAAUUAAGUGAAAAAGGUGUUCAUUUUUUUUCAAAGGGUGAAUGUAUUACAAUAUAAAGAAUUUUAUGAAGUACAAUUUUGCUGGGCUAAUAAGAGAUCAAAAGUUUUUUCUACAGGACAUUUAUAAUAUCGAUGUUAGGAAUGUUUAUAUUGCAGUUACAUGAACUUGUGACAUCAUAUUCUCAAUGUGGCUUAUCUGGUUGUGAGAUGGACAUCAGUAUUGCAGGUUGAUAAAAAAAUUAAAUUCCAUGACUAAACUAUUAGUGUAUUGUCUUGUAAGUUUUGUCAUCACUCUCUCAGGCUGUACAUUGCACCGUCUUCACUUUAUGAUGCAGGAUGGGGCCAGACAUGGUUUGUCCAGCUGCAGUGUUCUUUAGUUCCCCCUCAGUUUUUUUGUGUAUCCUAGUCGUAAGCAUUAGGCAAAAAUGAAAAUUAUUUUAUUUUGUAAUUCCAGUACAGUAAUAUAAAUUUUAUUGCAUUAAUCUUGUAAAUAGGAUUUUUUUUUGGCUUGUUAAAAUGGAGUGUAGGUGUAUUCUAAUUCUCAGAAUUAUUGAUAUUUUCUUUAUAUUUAGGUGUAUGGCAAACUUUAUAUGUCCAACCACACUUUGUUAAAGUCCUGAGUUGUAACAGUUGCAGUGAUAUUUGAAAUCUUGUAGAGUACGCUAGAUAUUUUUAGCCUACAUUAGCCUACUGCAAUGGAGCCUCGUAGUUUGAUAUGCUCAGCUCGAGGCCAACCUAGUCUGUGAUAUGCUCGAAGCCUCUCUCCGGUUUCUCGGCUAAAGUCCACUAUUGUUAAUCCAGCCGAGUCCUAAAUGCUAUUCAUCGACACGUAUGGCAGAUCAUGUUUUACUUUUUUGUGAUGUGCAUUUACUGCCAUGCUUAUUGGUUGUAAAAUAAUGUGACAUGUGUGGAUAUUGAUGUUAGGAAGAGGGAUUAAAGAUGGUUGACUGAG